CAGCCGACAUGCACACAUCUCUGCCGCUGCUGUUCGCAGCCAUCUUCCUGUGGAUCGGCGCGGUAUCGAGUCGCCGUUAUCCAGCUGAGAUCGGGGACGAUGUGAUUGUAACGGUGGAGACGGGUACCCUCAGGGGCGUGGUGGCCUCCUCCAUCAACGGCACGCUCUGCAACAGGUUCGUCGGCAUCCCGUAUGCUCAGCCGCCUCUUGGAGACCUCCGUUUUCGGGCGCCACAGCCGGCUGCCAAUUGGUCCGGAGUCCGCGACGCGCUGACCAUGAGUGACCAGUGUCCUCAGGAGGGCACCGGCAACGAGGACUGCCUCUACAUCAACGUGUACGUGCCGCUGCAGAACUCCAGCUCCAGCUCCCCGCUGGCCGUCAUGUUCUACAUCUACGGCGGCCGCUUCGCCCGAGGCAGCGCAACCAACAAACCGCCAGACUACUUCAUGGACCACGGAGUCCUGCUGGUCACCUUCAACUAUCGCGUCGGCUCCAUUGGCUUCCUGAGCCUUCUCAACGACGACAUCCCGGGCAACGCUGGCCUGAAGGACCAGGUGAUGGCCCUCCAGUGGGUGCAGCGCAACAUACGGGCCUUCGGCGGCGAUCCGGACAAGGUCACCGUGUUCGGGGAGAGCGCAGGAGGAUGCUCCACGUCACACAUGUUCCUGUCGCCGGCUGCCAAAGGCUUGUUCAGCGGGGUGAUCAUCGAGAGCGGUCAGGCGUCCGCCAACUGGACGGUGGAGCCGGUACCCCGAGAGAAGGCGUACCGCCUAGCGGCCGCGCUCGGCUUCCAGACCGGCAACCUCUCAGUCGCGGAGGAGGACGAACGCCUCGCUGCCUUCCUGAGGGCCGCCAGCCACGAAGACCUCACCGUCGACGACACACGUGCAAUGUCUGACUUUGAGCUGCGCCGCUUCAGCCCCGUGGCGUGGCAGCCGGUGGUGGAGCCGCCUUCAGAGGGCGCCGUGGUCGUCGAGCCGCCGGUCGACAUCCUGCGGGAGGGCCGGUACAACCGCGUGCCCGUCAUGACUGGCGUCACCUCUGCAGACGGCUCCGUUUUCGUCAACAUGUCUGGAGUGAUGGAGAGUGCGUCUGUGGCGGCAGAUCUCAACGAAAACUUCACUUCCCUGGUGGGGUCUCUGCUGCCAAGGCCCACGAGGGAAGAGCAGGAGGUGGCGGCGCAGCGGCUGGAGGACUUCUACUUUGGGGACCAGGGACUCUCGCAGCAACAGCCGCAGGCCAUCUACGAUACGCUUUCCGAUCUGUAUUUCAUCCAAGAUACCCAGGCAUUUGCUAGGACAGUGGCAAACACAAGUACUCUGCCUAUUUACUUCUAUUAUUUCGACUACGACGGCUACGGCGCCACAGAAUACGGAAUGGCACACGCUGAGGAGACUCACUACCUGUUUAUGCAAGAGGACGGGGGACCCAACAAGGACCCUGAGUCCGACGAUUGGAAGGUGCUGCAACUGCUGGCAACACUCUGGACAAAUUUCGCUAAGUACCGUGACCCUGCUCCUUCUGGAAGCCCAGUGACGUGGGAGAAGUACAGUUCUGAAGCCUCCAACUACCUGCACAUGCGGCUGGAGUUUGAGACCAACCAAGAUCUUCUCCAUGACCGCACUGAGUUGUGGAAACAGAUAUUGCCUGUUUAAAGAAGGACGUUACAUGUCGUCUCAGACACUCAGUUCGUUUGACAUCAAUGUGAACUUAAAUAAAACAUCACUUUCCUUUUAAA